GCUCUGGGGCUUUCAGAAUUGCGCGCGGCGCGGUUUCCCCUCUCCACGUCCCUCUCUCAAUUGAGGGGAGCCCAAACAAAUCAUUGAGGCUCUCUACUCACUAAGGCCGCGACUCACAACAAACUCGACCCGGUGACGGGUUCCUUGGUAUUUGGAGCUAAAAUUCGACUCCGGUGCAGUGCUAUCUGCCUUCAUAAGAAUUCCGUGCCAGCAUCGCGCCGAGCUUGGCGUCUGUAUGAGUGCACAGGACGGUCGGCAUGAUGCGCAGAGAAUGCGAUGAUCUCGACAACGGGUCCUUACCCAACAACAAGGACGAAUGGAUGGUUGUUCCCCUCUGGGAGGUCCUUCCCCACAGCAUCAAGGAGCGAACCUGUAUCUCCCACCAACCCCUUUCCAAGAGAAAUUGAUCGCCAAUAACCCGUUCGACGACAGCCACAAUGCUAGCGCACAUCUCAAGGGAAAUGUAGCGAAGAAUUUCCCGCCCGGGAAAGGUCAAUACAUGAGCCGCGAGAAUGGAGGAGCAAUGUACCCGUGUGGGGUGUGUCAUAAAGAAGUGCACGACAACGACCAGGCCGUAUUUUGCGAGCCGGGCUGCAACUUUUGGUUCCACAGAAUUUGCACUGGACUAACUGAAGCAGCAUUCCACAUGCUGACGCAGGAGAUCGCUGCUGAGUGGGUCUGUGAUAAGUGUGCUGUGCACAACAAAGUACCGCUUGUGAGAUUCAAACAAUAGGGCCGGCAUCAACUGUACAUAGAAGAGUUCAGAGUGUCAGCGGAUCGGACCAGAGCCUGGACUCCAGCUCGGAAAUCAAGCGGAAUCAACACAACGCCCCAUUCGAGAGCUGGCCGGUCCGCGACGUCAUCUACACAUCUGUAGGAUACGUAUCACCGAGAAAGAAAUUUACCGGU